GCCUGUACCUGCCGUGCAGAGGCACAGAAACUUCGGUCAUCAGGAGGUGCCAUGCAUCCUGGCACACCUGGACACGCCUCAACACACAACCAGUGUCCCGCGGCCGUAAUGAGUGAACCUGUAUCGAACUGGGAAUGGACAGCUGUUAUUGGUGCUCGACAAGGUGGAAGAAGAGGACGAAAAGGCCAUGCAAACAGAGGCCGAGUAGUUAGGGGCAGAGGCCGGAGAGCAACUGGUGGGAGUGGAGAAAAGAAAGAGAAUAAGAGAGUCAGUAACAUAAAUAUGAAGACAGACAAGUCGAAAAAGAAGAAAAAAAGCAACGUAAAAUAUAUCAUAAUCUGCAUAAUGGUUGUGCUGGCGUUAGUAAUCGGUAUCUUGAUGCUGUCUGUCCUUGGGAACACCCCGAAGGCAGAAGAAAAUGUCGUCCCAAGGCAAGAGAGGAGGCGUAAAGAAGACUCCACAAAAGUUGCCUUGGCCGUUGGUGGUGUUUUUUGCCUUUUCAGUUGCUGUUGCGUGGUGGUGGUCACUGUAUAUUUUGCCCGUCGUGAUAAAAAAUCCCCGUCAACUUCGUCAUCACCUUCGUCAAAAUCGUUUACUUCUUCUAAAUCAUCAUCUUCCCUUUCAAAAUCAAUAGGGAGUGAAGGUGGGACGAAAAAACAAGAGAAAAAGGAGGAGAAAGAGCAAGAGGGAAAAGAAGAGGAGGAAGAUGAAGAAGAGGAAAAGGAAGAGGAAAAUGAGAAGGAAGAGGAGGAGGAGAAGGAGGAGGAGGAGGGAAAAGAAGUAGACGACGACAAAGAAGAAAAAGAAAAUGAAGAAGAGGAGGAGGGAGAAGAGGAGGAGGAUUGGUGGGAGGAGGAAUGGGAUGAUGAUGAAGAAGAGGUGGAGGAGGAAGAGGAAGAGGAGGAGGAGGAGGAGGAGGAGGAGGAGGAGGAGAAGUUUGUAGACGAUAGUGAGACAACUGGUGAAUAAUAGAGUAACACUUGAAAAUGUAAUAAUAAGAAAGAGGAUAUUGUUAUACUUACUUCAUCUUAAUUUACCUUUUGGCUUUCACUAUGAUGUGACCAAGAGAAGCCUAGGCAUUCAGCGACAAAGUUGGUGACAAAGGGACAUACCACGUCAAACACUUAUGAACGACUUGCAGAUGAAACUUUCCAUCUGAUACAAACCUUUCAGUUUAUUGAUAAAUAAAGAGGUUCACUCUGUUGGGUUAAAAUCUGAUGACAAUGUUAUUCUAUAUCCUCAAGAGAAGCGCAAAUAUUUCAGAAGAAUUUUAGUAAUGUUGUUCUUUCAUCCUUUUAGUGCUGAUAAAUUGUUUUGUGGUGCAUCAUGAAUUUUGAGAAAGAAAGAUGAAAUCAUUUUAUUUUACAUCUACAGUAUGUUACGAUCUCAGCAUGACCUCGAAAAAAGUUUACCUACCUACAUCGACGUUACUCAUUCCUAAGAAUUGAUGGAGGUAUUGCAUUAAUUCUUUUGAGUUUAUGCAAAAACGAUGAUGCUAUUAAAAACAAAACAAAACAUACAUUAGGUUUAUUAGGUAUAAAGAGGUAGUACUUGACAUAUUAAAGCAUAAAUAAAAGUAUUAGAAAGUUAGCAAUACUGAGGGAAGUGAGAUGUAUGAUCCCUGAUUUUCUUGGAUUCUUUUUUUCCGUUUAACUGUGUGUGUUAGUAGAAGCAUUUUCUUUAUGCACUUAGGGAGUCAAUGAGGAAAGCCAGCUUUAAAAAUCACUGGUGAGAUAUUAAUCUAUGUUAAAUUAGCCAGGGAGUUCAUUUUAGAGUGUCAUUGAGGGUAGUGUGCUGUUUUAUGUCAUAAGGAAGAAUGGCACAACAUUAUUUAUUAUAUGAGUUGGCAUAUUUAUUUUCUUUAGACUGAGUCAAUCGUCAUUUUUCUGAUAAUUAUAUUUCAGCUUUAGUGGAUGUUUUAUGUUUUCCCAGAUAAAUCUAAAAGCUUAUUUUGCCAGUUUUAUUUUCAUGUUUUAGAGUGAAACUUCAGUUGAAACGUUUGAGUGUAAUUUGUGGGUAACAGGAACGGAUGCCCUUGAGAAGUUUGUUUCUUAACUGCAGGAGUUCAGGGCCCAUAUCCCUAUAGGGAAGUAGACAACGUGACGCGGAACGGUGAUUAAAGGAGGACCAUUUGGCAUAAUUUAAACUGUUUAGUGCUUUGCCUAUAACUUUAACAAUAAAUGG